CGGGGGCGGGGUCGAGAUGGCGUCGUCGUGCAGCAGCCUGAAGGACGAGCUGGUGUGCCCGAUCUGCCUGAGCCUGUACCAGGACCCGGUGAGCUUCGGCUGCGAGCACUACUUCUGCCGGCGCUGCAUCGCGGAGCACUGGAGCCGGCAGGAGGCGGCCCGCGACUGCCCCGAGUGCCGCCGCUCCUUCGCCGAGCCGGCCCUGGCGCCCAGCCUCAAGCUGGCCAACAUCGUCGAGCGCUACGCCGCCUUCCCCCUCGACGCCAUCCUCGGCGCCCGCCGCCGCCCCGCCGGCCCCGGCCCCGCCUGCCCCAAGGAGCACGCCAAGGUCAAGCUCUUCUGCCUCGCCGACCGCGCCCUCGUCUGCUUCUUCUGCGACCAGCCCGCCCUCCACGAGCAGCACCAGGUCACCGGCCUCGACGACGCCUUCGACGAGCUCCAGCGGGAGCUGAAGGAGCAGCUGCAGACGCUGCAGGACAGCGAGCGCGGCCACACCGAGGCCUUGGCCCUCCUGAAGCGCCAGCUGGCCGAGACCAAGUCCUCUGCCAAGAGCCUGCGAUCCACCAUCGGGGAGGCCUUUGAGCGGCUGCACCGGCUGCUGCGGGAGCGGCAGAAGGCCAUGCUGGAGGAGCUGGAGGCCGACACCGCCCGGACCCUGACGGACAUCGAGCAGAAGAUCCAGCGCUACAGCCAGCAGCUGCGCAAGGUGCAGGAGGGUAGCCAGAUCCUCCAGGAGCGGCUGGCCGAGGCGGACAAGCACACCUUCCUGGCGGGCAUCGGCUCCCUUUCCGAGAGGCUGAAGGGCAAGAUCCAUGAAACGAACCUCACGUACGAAGACUUCCCCACCUCCAAGUACAUGGGGCCGCUGCAAUACACCAUCUGGAAGUCUCUCUUCCAGGACAUCCACCCAGUGCCAGCCGCCCUCACCCUGGACCCCGCCACGGCUCACCAGCGCCUCAUCCUGUCCGACGACUGCACCAUCGUGGCCUACGGCAACCUGCACCCUCAGCCCCUGCAGGACUCCCCCAAGCGCUUUGACGUGGAGGUGUCGGUGCUGGGCUCCGAGGCCUUUGGCAGCGGCGUCCACUACUGGGAGGUGGUGGUCUCCGAGAAGACGCAGUGGAUGAUCGGCCUGGCACACGAGGCCGUCACCCGCAGGGGCAGCAUCCAGAUCCAGCCCAGCCGCGGCUUCUACUGCAUCGUCAUGCACGAUGGCAACCAGUACAGCGCCUGCACGGAGCCCUGGACGCGGCUGAAUGUGAAGAGCAAGCUGGAGAAGGUGGGCGUCUUCCUGGACUUCGAAAAGGGGCUGCUGAUUUUCUACAACGCGGACGACAUGUCCUGGCUCUACACCUUCCGGGAGCGGUUUCCCGGCAAGCUCUGCUCCUACUUCAGCCCCGGGCAGAGCCACGCAAACGGCAAAAAUGUGCAGCCGCUCCGGAUCAACACCGUCCGCAUCUGAGGGCUCCUGUUCCCCCGCAAGGGCCGUGGCUCUUGACGGCACAGAGCUGCUGGGGAGAGGGCUGAGGGCCAGGGGUUCUGUGGGAGUCAUUGGGGAAGGGGGAGCUUUAUCAGGGUGCUGAGGGAACAGCCAGGAGGCGGGCAGAGGGAGCCUGCCCUUCGGUGGGGGGUGGGCUGGGUUGGGCCGGCAGGGAAGCGCUUCAGUAGGGGGCAAAGAACAGCUUUGCGGGGCUGCCAGCGGCAGCCGGGGCUGCACAUCUGCAUGUACCGACUGUCCACCUCUCUCUCCGCUGGCAUACCUGGGAAACGGGUCCAUGUGCAUUUAUACAGACUUCCGUCCUUCUUACUUGCUGUUACAGUGGCUGUGUGCAAAAUGAAGACUUGUCUUCUCUCAUUUGGGUACACUGGUCGACUCCCAAUUUAAAAGGGUCUUUUUGAAAAAGAAAAUGCUUAUUGCAGGUGGGGUGAGGGAAAACAGUGGAAUAAACUGGAAGUUGG